AUGUCCUCGAAACGCAUCACCAAGGAAUUCGCCGAAAUGUCGCAGAACCCGCCGCCAGAUUUCUCCGUCUCCCUACCGGCCUCCCAGUCCAUCCACUCCUGGCACGUCGUCCUCUCCGCGCCCGCCGGUACGCCCUAUCACCCGGGCCGCUUCGCUCUCCUCCUCACCCUCCCGACCGACUAUCCCUUCAAGCCACCUUCGUUGCGCUUCCUCACCCGCAUCUACCAUCCCAACGUCACCGACGACUCCCUCGGCAACAUCUGCCUCGCCAUUCUCAAGUCCGACCAGUGGAAGCCGUCGACAAAGAUCGCCGCCGUCCUCGACGCCGUCCGCAACUUGCUCGUCGAGCCCCAACCCGACGACCCUCUCGAGGAGCGCAUCGCCGACGAGUACCGCACCGACAAGGUCGCCUGGGAGAAGAAGGCGCAGCAGCAUGUGCAAAAGUAUGCCACCGGAAAUCCCGUCUUUCCCGCCGCAUGA